UACAACACAAAAUUCUGAGCUCUCUUAAAAAUAGAAAAGGAAGCAGAAUUAGUUCACGAUUGUACCGCAAAACACUUGACGCACUGCUGGCUAUUCCAAAACGGCAAAAGUAGUAUGCAAUUAUUAGGGCCCUGGGCGGAGAACAAAUUACAUACUCGUAUUGCUGAUAAAGAACCCAGGACGGCUGCCAACCAUUCCUACUCUAUUUUCAAGAAUUACAUGAUGUUGUUUGAGUAUUUAAACUACCAUAUUUGCUUCCAAAGCAUGACUAAACUCCAGAAAAUUGCAAUCACUUCCUUUUUGCUAGUAUGUGUCUCUACUGGGUUCUUGUUUUCUACAGUUUCCUGCUCACCGAUUCCACUGGGUUCUAGAUUGACUAUAGAUGAGAAUAACUAUUGGAUGUCUGCAAAUGGGAAUUUUAGAUUCGGGUUCUCGAAUCAUUCCCUUCAAUUCAGUGUUGGUAUAGAAUUCUGUCUGAGUUUUAUCUCAGGCAUUGAACCAACAUUAGUUUGGAAUUUGGGAGGUCACAAUAAAGUCGGUAAAAAGUCAUAUGUUGAGUUAAGCCUUGAUGGGGAACUAAUAUUGUUCGAUACUGAAAUCAGAGGUAUCGCUUGGAAAAGCAAUACCAGAAAUGCUGGUAUUGAAUCAGCACUUCUUCGCAAUGAUGGUAACUUUGUACUCUUAAAUCAAAAGAAGAAUGUUAUAUGGCAAAGUUUCACCUCACCAUCUGACACACUUCUUCCCGGCCAGAAUCUGACAUUUCACCAAUUACUCCUAGGUGCCAGCGAGGGUCAAGAAGCUAGCCAUUAUAGUCUGUCUAUGAGUGCUUCAGGGAUAUUGCAACUGAAUUGGGACAACAGUGUCACUUACUGGACAGCGGGAGAUCCUUCUAAAUCAACUGUUCAUGUCAUGCUGAACACUGAAGGGGCAGUUCAAGGUUAUGAUCACAUGUCUAAAGUUGUUUGGUCUGUGUUUCCACAAGACUUCAAUGAUAAAGAUGUAAAGUUUCGUUUUCUUAAGCUAGAUAUUGACGGGAAUCUUAGACUAUACUCAUGGAGAAACGAGUCAAGGUCUUGGAGGCCUGUUUGGCAAGCUGUUCAAAAUAAUUGUCAUAUCUUUGCAACUUGUGGGUAUGACGGGAUAUGUAUCUUCAAUUCAUCCGAUUCACAGACUUGCGAUUGUCUGCAUACAUCUGCCGGCGAGGAGUACUGUAUUCUUCUAAAUCAACAGAAUUGUGCAUUGGGAUUUUCUAUGAUCAGGCGUGACCACACGUUCAUAUAUGAAACACGUCCUUUAAGUCGAAUGAUGGUGAAAACAAGUUUGCAACAUUGUAAACGUCUAUGUGUAGAAGAUCCACUCUGUCAAGCUGUUUCCUUUUUAAAAAAUGGGACCUCAGAGUGUCAAAUCAUGAAAUCUCAGUUCAUUAGCGGUUGGUCAGAUCCUUCAUCCAGUUAUGUAUCCUUUGUUAAGACUUGUUUGGAUCCCAUCGCGGUUUUACCCAUCCAAAUGCACAACUUUACUAACAACCAAUCACACAAAGUAUCUGUGUUAUCUAUUAUAGGAGGAAUCACCGCUGUUUCAGUUCUUGCAUGUAUUGUUUUUCUGUCAGCAAUUGGGACGUACAUGGGUAGGAGAAUAAGAAGAAAAUGUGCUGGUAGAAAAGAAGCCCUAUCAUCAAAUGCAGUGGUCAAUUCUAGUGGAUGUCUCAUGUUGUCGUACUCUAAAAUCAAGGAAAUGACAGAAAAGUUCAAGAACCAGAUUGGUCCAAACAUGUUCAAGGGAGUGACACAACCAAAUAACAAGUUAGUGGUAGUGAAAGAUUUAAGUACUUCUUCUAUUGGAGAAAAAAUAUUCUGUGACGUUGUUCUAAGACUGGGCAAUGUACAUCAUAAAAAUCUUUUGAAACUUGAAGCUUUCUGUUGUGAGUCACAUUAUAGGAUCUUGGUUUAUGAGUUUGUCAGGAACGGUUCUUUGGCUGAGUGCUUACGGGACUCUGAAAUUGUCAAGAGGCUGACGUGGAGAAAAAGAUGGAAUAUAUGCAUAAGCAUAGCGAGGGCUAUCUCCUACUUGCACAAUGGAUGUUGGGAGUUCAUAAGCCACGGAAACCUGAACUGCACAAACGUGGUUUUGGAUGAUAAUUUGGAAGCUAAGGUGAGUGGGUUUGGGCUGAGUCCACUUUUACCAAGUCCAUCCAGAAGCGAGGAGAGCCCAGCAGAGAAAGACAUUAGAGAUUUUGGUAUGAUGAUAUGUGUCUUGAUAACGGGGAUCCAAAGCGGUGAUAAGGCAUGUAAAUGGGCUUACGCAAAAUGGGCUGCGGCAGAAUUAGAAACGUUGUUCGAUAAGAUAAUAGAAGGGGUUGAUUUUGAAGAGAUGGAGCGUGCGUUAAGACUGGCAUUCUGGUGCUUGCAAGUUAACACGCAAAGGAGGCCAUCCAUGGCAGAAAUUGUGAAGGUAUUAGAGGGCGCAUUUGAUGUUGAUCCUCCACCGCCUCUUUUUGGUUAAUAGGAUUCAAUAUUCAUGUAAUAUUGCAUCCUAGUUUCAAGACACUUAUCAUGGAUGGACUCCUUUGCACCCAUGGAUGGCCUCCUUUGCGCGAAUAGCUGUUCACUGGCUCUAAGGUCCUGGAUCUUUGUUACAUGGCUUUCCACUUUCCAGGCAGUGGAGGGCAUUCAUUCGACUUAAAGGACGGUUUGUAUAUAAGAACGUAUGGUCAUGCUUGAUCAUAGAAAAUCCCAACGACGAACGAAUCAGGAAAGCGAUGAUGCCAGCAUCAAAUUGGGGAUUUUAGAUGGUGAAGUUUUACCUCUUGAAGAUCUCAUAGAGCCAUCUGUUUUCUCAGAGAUUAACUUUGCUUUCCCAACUGGACAAGUUGAACUCUUCUCGCAAUCUCGCAUGUUCUUGUACUAAAGAAUUUUGUGUAUUAUUUACUUGAUUAAAAAUUUCAAUGCCUGUGUAGUUUAUUUACUUGAUUCUCAGGUAUGCACAUGUUGUCAUUCGUUCUGCUGGAAUCUUUUAGGUAGCUUAAUGCCUAUUUGAGAUUAAUCACUGCACGGUAACUUUCCAGUUUAUCACGGAUGCGUAAUAGCACAUGCACAGCACACCUGAAUGGUUAGCACCACAUGCAGCAGCUAGACGCU